CACUCAAAAUCAAAAGCGAACCCAAAGCAAACCCUAAUCCCAAAUCCUUGAACCAUUAACCAUGUCGACGGUUCAUUCAAUCGACGCCCAUCGUGAGAAUGCCGAGAUUUACCACGGCGCAGAGCUCUGCAGCAAGAAAUCAAUCGAGCUCCUCGAGCGAAUCCACCUCCCGCGAGGCCUCCUUCCACUCAACGAGCUGGAGGAAGUCGGCCACAACCACGAAACCGGCUUCGUCUGGCUCAAGCAGAAAAAGCGCACCGAUCACACUUUCAAAAAGAUUGGGCGGCUUGUCUCCUACGCUCCAGAGAUUACCGCUUUUGUCGAGGAUGGCCGGAUGAAGAAGAUAACCGGCGUCAAGAGUAAGGAGCUUCUUAUUUGGGUUACUCUUUGUGAUAUGUAUAUUGAUGAUCCUGCAUCUGGGAAGAUUACCUUCAAGGCUCCGGCGGGCCUUUCUCGAUCGUUCCCUGUAUCGGCUUUUGAGCUUGAGGGGGAGGAAAAGGAGAAGGAGAAAAAGGAGCAGAAGAAUUGACGAUUUGGUUUUAUUUUUAUAGUAGUCUUUGAUUAUGAAUAUAUUAAGUGUUUUAAGGGUGGUUUCGUUUGAUAUUAUUGUUUUUAUGUGCGGAAGCGGACGAAGUGGAAUCUGUUGUUGCCUUCAUAAAUUCAUGAUGUUAUGUGAUUAGAAAAAUAGUUAUGAAAUUAUUAUAAAAGUAUUUGAAUUUGGCUGUUGGGAUUCAUAAUUGCAUAUUUGAUUAAGUAA